UCACUGCUGGUUACUAGUUGUGUUGCGUAGCUCCGCCCACUUUCUCACGAGGUCCAAUCGCGUCGUGCACGAUCGGUACAGUGAGUACAGAGCAGUUGCGUACAUCUGCCAUGGUUGACAGAAAAUAAACCCUUUUUUGUUCUAGCAAUCCGCCGAGGAAUCCAAAUUCUCUACAACACACACACACACACAACCGCCGCCGUGUACAAGAUACGGUUUCUGGCACUGUGUGUAAGGGAGUUGCCGUUGUAAAAAUAAAUUACUAAACCGCGAGCACAUUUGAUUUUAAUUAUCGAAGGAGGCGGAUUGAACCGAGCAGAGGAGCGAGCGAUAUUGUAUGUUGGCGAUCGGGAGAAGGAUGAUGUACCAGUACCAGAAACCGGAGAAGUGCAACAGCAGCAGCAGCAACAGCUACAGUAGAUGCAGCAGCAGUGCAUAAUUAGUGCAACAUGGGUUGUGAGUGGUGAAACGUUGAAAGAUGUAAACCCUUCUCCUUCUUCUACGAUCUGAUUGCCCUGACAAAGCACCCGGCAGAAGAGGGAGCGACGCAGAGUCGAUGUUCUGAAGUGAUUGCCAAAAUACACCCAAGACGACGAUGCCGAGUAAUGCAAAGUGAAACGUGAAAUGAUCGUUUAGUGCAAACAAGAUGCCGCCCACAGUGGAGCAAAGGAAGCGCAACGUACGAAAUUAAUUGUUAAUGAAAUCAUGAAUUGCUACGGUGGUGUGUCAGUGACGGGGACGAACUACGGUGACAGCACGGUGGCAGCGAGAGGGUCAAGCUGUAUCCUGGAAAAUGCUGCCGCAGUGGGUGCACAGACUGAACAGUAUCAUGAUAAUAAAGCUGCUAGCAGUGUGUGGUACAAUGUGGUUCCACCGCCGACGGGUUGUCCUGUGCCCAACGAUGCCUUACCAUUGGGCGGCAGUGCGGCCAGUGACGGUGGCACGUCGGGAGUGAUCGAACCAAGCUGUAGCAAUGUAUCUCCGUCCAUCUCCUCCGACCCAAGUGGCCGCUAUUAUGACGAGGCUGGUGAGCUAUCGAUAACCACGGGACAUCCUCAUCAUCAUCAUCAUCAUCAUACUCAGCAGCAUCAUACGCAUCAUCAUCAGUUUAGUAACAAUCGAUUGUUGAUGGGUGAGCAUCGAUCGCCACUGAUCUAUGAAGGCAGCAAUGUGGAGCUUGGAUUCGGUGGCUUAAACAUCGAAGGCGAGAGUGGCACGUCCGGUGCUGCUGCUACGAGUGUGGAUAAGAAAGUGCGCCACGGUGGUGUGAAGGAUCGGUUUUUGAUGAGCAAUCUGUUGCAGCUAAACAGCACAUCCAGCACAGCGGACAGUUCGAGGACGAUGAUGCCGCCGGGAUCACCGAGCUCACCGGUGGAUAAAGAUGAUCUGGAAGACAGUCCAACACACAAGACCGACCUGUCGAUGAGGACAAAGUCGUGCACGCUGAAAAAGCCUCGACGCAAUCGGACCACCUUCACCACCAACCAGCUCACGGCGUUGGAGAAAAUUUUCGAAAAAACUCACUACCCGGACGCGUUCGUGCGGGAGGAGCUGGCGAACAAGGUCGGGCUUAGUGAGGCUCGCGUACAGGUUUGGUUCCAGAACCGGAGGGCAAAGUUUCGUCGCAAUGAGCGUAGCGCACAGUCAUCGGGCGGUGGCAGUAGUGCUAGCAAGGGAGAAGAUUUCUUCCAUCCUGGCGCAAUACCGCCUUCAGCGACAAGCGGUGGACUUGCUGGGUUUGCGGGGGUUGUAGACAAACCGGACAGUGGCCCAUACUCGCUGUCCUUUUCUACGCUUAGUUCCAUCUUUUCGCCGGUCGUUUCACAGCUGCAGCACCAUCAUGCACAUCACCAUCCCGCGCCGGGUAGUGUUCGUGCUGGUGGACAGUUCUAUACGGCCUACAAACCCCAGCACGAUGAGGCAGCAAACUUCUGCAGCCAGUCGUACCAGUUUCCGAGCUUAAAAUAUUUAAACAAUUUGCAACAAACCUAACCCAUGCACAGUGAAAACAACUUAACACGAGCACAGCACAGUCUUGCUGAGUCGCCAGAAACGUCCAGAGUGUAGAUUUGCUUAGAUUUAAACACCUUUAACCUUAUGUUACCGAUUAGGGGAAAAAACGGAGGGGGAAAAAAGCUAACACCAUUUUCUUUCUCUACUUCACAUUGAGUAAAU